AUGUCCGCCAACUCAACCUCGUUACGUCCCGGUCACCACCGUCGUCAACUCUCGACUCCAGCACCCUUUGACGCUACAACUAUGCCGCAACCCAUGUCUGCAAUUCCACCGCGCCGGACUCAUCGCCGCGGACAGACUAUGGACUACGGCUCGUACGGCCAACAGAUUCCCGCCGUUGACCGACGAAACGUGCAAAAGACUGUACCGGAGCUUCGAGACUUCUUUAACGCAAAAUCAGCAGGUAUUCCUAAUCAGCCACGGGCUGUUCAGCAGUUCACAUCAUACAUGCCACAUGCAGAGCAGGCUUUUAUCUCAUCAGGGCUGCCUGCUCAACCGUCAUUCUCUUACCAAACAUCACCGAUGUGGAGCCAAGAGGAGCUGCAGGGCCUUUACGCAGCCGCAACCGUCAGUACCUCGCCAGUAAAUACAAUGGCUCCGGCUCUUUCGAGGUCCGCGAGUGAUAAUUCCGAUAACAACGCUUCCUUGAAGAAUGCUCUGCAUCGUAUGCGCCAGGAGCGCAAUCUUUCAAUGAUGCAGAGGGAGCAGAUUACUGGACACUCUCGAGUGAUGCAACCACUCUCUGUUCAACCAGAGGCCAUUUCUCCCAAGAUGAACCCCUAUCUUUCCUACACUUCUCCCCUUACCCCCGAGUCUACUCCGAUGAAGGGGUCUUUUGAUCUCUCCAUGUACAGCAAUGACCAAACCCCUUCUAAGCCCCAAAGUUUCUCCAUUCCCCGAACCCCUGUCAGCUCCGAAAUGCAGAGAGCCCAUUCUCUGCAGGGGCUGCCGCUGUCUAGUCCAAUGCAAGCUAAACAUCAGAUGCCCUCCCCCGCCGAAUCGCCGUCAGCCUCGUUUGCCGAGCUAGCCGCAAUGCCUUCUCCAGGCUCAUGUGGCUUGUCAGAUGUGUCCGAAACUCCGUGCAAUAGCAAUCGUCAGACACGUGCAACUUCCAUUGAGUCAUCUCCCACGAAGUGUGGAUCUGAUUUUGAAUCCGAACCUCUCGAUGACCUAGAUCUCGACGCUCGAGUCAAAGCCUCCGUUCGAGAGACGGGGGUGUCGAAUGACGAGAUCAACAAGUACAUUUCGGGUCCUGAUCCUAAGGACGGCAAGUGGGUGUGUUUAUGGCACGACUGCGACAAUUCCCGCUUUGGCCGUAAAGAAAACAUCAAAUCGCACGUUCAGACCCACCUCGACGAUCGUCCCUACAAGUGUGAUGUUUGCGAUAAGAAAUUUGUCCGAGGCCAUGAUCUGAAGCGUCAUCUGAAGACUCACACUGGAAAGAAGCCUUUCGCUUGUCGUUGCGGUGCUAGCUUCGCUCGACAGGAUGCCUUGACCCGUCACCGUCAGCGUGACAUGUGCAUUGGAGGCUACAAUGGCCACACCCUGAAGACCACCCGACGUGGCCGUCCACCCAAGAAGAACCGUCCUGACUUGGAAACUCGUCAAACAAAGUCUACCCGUACUCGUCAACGUGUCGCCGAGAAGAUAGAAUUUGUUUCCUCCCUUAAGAGCGAGGAAACUCUUCAAGAAGCCCCCGUGUUCACGUCCCCCAACUACGCUCCAUCCCACAGCAUGUCGUCAUUCACGCCCCCCGCCUCUCCUGGUGCGAGCAUUGGUGACAUGUCAUCACCGCACCCUGCUGGUAACUCAUUCAGCUCUCAAUUCGACGAUGAUAUGCUCCCGCCGCUGUCCCCCCCCCAAAUCGCUCAUGCCAGAUAUGAGCAAGCUAUUGCUCAAUUCAACCCCAACAUGGCUGUGGCAGACUCUGUUUCUCGGGAAUACCUAUACAGCGACUCCGCCUUGUCUCCUCCUCACGACAUGUCUUCUCCGCACACCGCACCCACCCUUGCCGAGUCAUCUGUAGGUUCUGAGAUCGAUCUUUUCAUGACCCAAGAUCCCUCCGAGCAGGUGCAAGAGGAAUUCGGCGCUAUCACUACCCAGGCUCUGUCCAGCUUCUCCAAUACCUACGCUUACGUCGAUGCAUCCGAUUUUCCAACGUCGUCGUUCUAUCAUGACAUGCCCGAGAAAACUUUCUCCGGUCUUCAUCCUCUCGACGACCCUUACUCGGAUCAGAUCGACUCUUUGUCCAACGAGUUUCUUGUUGACCCUUGA